UUUACGUAGGUCACUUGUUUACUUCCUAAAAAAUUGAGCUACUGCUUAUCAAACAAGAAACCAAUGGUAAUUGCAAGCAAGAGAGACCAAAAGAAAGCUGAUAAGGACUGGAAAGUCUGCAUUUCAGGGUGCCACAGAUAGAUACAUAGAAGCUACAGUAGAAUACACACACGCACAGUGUCUCAAACAACAUUAACAGUGGCAGACAUGGCACAGGAUGGUAGCAUGCAGCAGCAACAACAGCAGCAGCAGCCACAACAAGGAAGCACUGAUGGACAGUCUGGUAACAACCAACAGCAGCAGGAACAGCAGCAGCAGCAACAGCAGCAGCAACAACAACAGGAUACUGAAGAGACAGAGAAACCUGGUGCACAACAGCCUGUAGAGCAUGAUGAAACAGGGAAUGGGGAUGCCCCAGUUGAGCUGGCAGAGGGAGAGGAGCCCGACUUCCCAAUAGCUGAGCUGGCCCGCCUGGAUGAGAUGAUCAAUCGUCCGCGCUGGGUGGUACCCGUCCUGCCCAAGGGGGAGCUGGAGGUCCUCUUGGAGGCUGCCUUGGACCUGUGCAAGAAGGAGCUGGACACGAGAAGCGAGGCCUGCCAGAGGUUCUUCAGGGAAGGCCUGACCAUCUCUUUCACCAAGAUCCUCACUGAUGACGCUGUCAGUGGAUGGAAAUAUGAAAUACAUAAAUGCAUCAUGAAGAACUCAGAGCGUCUGGUUGAGCUGUGUGUUAGCAAACUGGCACAGGACUGGUUCCCUCUCUUAGAGCUACUAGCCAUGGCUCUGAACCCUACUUCUAAGUUUCAUGUGUAUAACAGCACAAGACAAUCUGAGUCAGUUCCUGCUGGGUCCACACCAGCUGAGGAUGAGCUGUAUGCUAGGCCUCCAGAUCCAAGAACUCCCAGGGGCUGGUUGGUUGAUCUGGUCAACAAAUUUGGGCAGUUGAAUGGAUUUCAAAUCCUGCUAGAUAGAUUUACUAAAGGUCCUCAACUGACAGUACCUGUGAUUGCUGCUUUGAUAAGGCCAUUUGGACUGUGUUUUGAAGUCCUCACCCCACAGACAGUAGAGAAGUAUUUCAUGCCUGUUGUGGAAAUUGUCCCAAAGUUCUUAGAAAAUCUAACAGAUGAAGAAUUGAAAAAGGAAUCUAAAUCAGAAGCCAAAAAUGAUGCUUUGUCAGGGAUUAUCAAGGCUUUGAAGUGUCUCAUGUCCAGGAUUCCCAACCAGGAAGAAACUGUCAAAAAUCUAGAGAUUUUCAGGUUAAAAAUGAUACUAAGGUUGCUGCAGAUCUCGUCUUUCAAUGGCAAGAUGAAUGCUCUGAAUGAAGUGAACAAGGUGAUCACUAGCGUAUCCUACUACACACACCGCCAUGCUCAGAUGGAGGAGGACGAGUGGCUCACAGCAGAAAAGAUGGCGGAGUGGAUUCAGGAGAACAAAGUUUUAGACAUAGUGUUGAGGGACAGCCUGCACCAGCCCCAGUAUGUGGAGAAACUGGAGAAGAUUCUUCGCUUCAUGAUCAAAGAGAAAGCCUUGACGCUGGAGGACUUGGACAAGUUGUGGGAGGCACAGGCUGGCAAACAUGAUGCCAUAGUGAAGAAUGUCCACGACUUACUGGCCAAGUUAGCCUGGGAUUUCUCCCCUGACCAGUUGGACCAUCUGUUUGAGUGCUUUCAGGGGAGCUGGGCACACGCCUCCAAGAAACAAAGAGAAAAGCUGCUGGAGUUGAUCCGUCGUCUGGCAGAGGACGAUAAAGAGGGUGUCAUGGCAAACAAGGUGCUUGGCCUCCUCUGGAACCUGGCCCACAGCGAGGAUGUCCCCACGGACAUCAUGGACCAGGCCCUGAAUGCCCACAUCAAGAUCCUAGACUAUAGCUGCUCGCAGGACAGAGAUGCACAGAAGAUGCAGUGGAUCACGGCCUUUGUGGAUGAGCUGAGGAAUGAUAAGUGGGUGCUCCCUGCCUUGAAGCAGAUCAGGGAGAUUUGUCAGUUGUUUACAGAGCAACCCCAGAAUUUCACUCACCCACAGAGGACGCCACAUGUCUUCUACAGGAACAAUGUGAUAGGCCAACUCCAGAACACUCACUCCAUAGUAAUGCUGGUGGCACAGAACCUCACUUUGUAUAUGAAGAAGGCCAGGGUUUAUGCUAAAGAGCACCCAGAAAUUCAACCUGAAGAUAUAUUACCAGAUGGACGUUUUAAUCAUAUACAGCAAGUACAAGAAAGGCUCAAGUUUUUAAGGUUUUUGUUAAAAGAUGGGCAGCUGUGGCUGUGUGAGCCUCAGGCCAAGCAGAUCUGGACCUGCUUAGCAGAGAAUGCCAUAUAUCUUAGUGAUAGAGAAGCCUGCUUCAAGUGGUUUUCUAAGUUAAUGGGGGAGGAGCCAGACCUUGACCCAGAAAUCACCAAAGAUUUUUUUGAGAACAAUAUACUUCAGUUAGAGCCCCCACUACUUACAGAGAAUGGAAUGAAUUGUUUUGAUAGGUUCUUCAAAGCGGUCAAUGCCAAAGAGUCUAAGCUAAUGGCCAAACGUCGCGGAGGUUAUGUGAUGGACGACAUAGAGUUAAUAGGACUGGAUUAUUUAUGGAGGGUAGUAAUAUAUGGCAGUGAAGAAGUAGCAGAGAAAGCCGUAGCCCUGAUGAGGGAAGUCUACACAAACCUAGGUCCUCACCUCCAGUCUAGCCAGCUGGCGAUCCACGAGGACUUCCUGUCUAUUUGUCGAGACAGGAUGAAGGCCAUGUAUGACACGGUGACGGCGCUGCAGAAGGACAAGGACAGCCUCAAGGUGGACCAGGAGUCCACGCGGAUCAUCCGGGUUAUGACGUUAUUGAGGGAGUAUAUACAAGAGUGUGAUGACACACAUGGCGAGGAGAGGGCAAUUUUACCUUUGAAUAGGGCUUGUCGCGGCAAACACAUAGGUAUCGUAGUGAGGUUUCCCAAUCAUGGCCGCCAGGUUGACGACAUGGAGGUGUGGUCACAUACUAAUGACACGAUUGGCUCAGUGAGGAGGCAGGUGUUACACAGGCUAAAAGCCAACAGUAGUAACCUGAAGUUAGACCUGUAUGUCAAUGGAGAGAUUCUGGACCCCACUGAAGACAGGAGACUGGUGUCGCAGGUCCCAAUUAGGGAUAAAACGUUAAUCACAGCCAAGUUGUCUCAGAUGGGGACCAACAUGCCGUCUAGUCCUGAUAGCAGUAGUGAUAGCUCCACAGGGUCUCCACACACAGCAUAUGAUGGCCCUAAUCUGGAGGCAGAGCAGCUCUUACCUGGAGUGAUCAUGUGCCAUACAGCCCACUAUGUACAGUUCUUGUUUCAACUCUCCGACUUGGGAAGCAAUCUGCAGAUCCCCAAACUACGCGACAGCGCACGUGCGUUACUAAAGAUAAUCCCUCCUGACAAACACAGCGUGGACAGGUUACGUGGUAUCUGUGAUCAGCAUGCGAAGCACGGCGCAGCCUCUCUUGCUCCAACACUAGAGUCUGUGUUCUUCUGUCAGUCGCCAACACAAGUCUUGUAUUAUCUGGAGGUGGCGUACACAUUACUGAUGCCGGCCUCCAAUCCACUGUCAGAGGAAGCGUUCCAGUUCCAGGUGGACUUCAUCAAGAGCGGGGGUGUGGCUGCCACACUGAACAUGCUGACAAAGAAUAACUUUUUGUCAAAUGCUGACUUGCCAACAAAAAGGUCUGCCUUCCUCCCCAUCUUGAAGAUCUGUAAACUCUUGCUGACCACAGUGGGACACGCCAUAGUGGGCGUGGUGGCGGAGGCGUGUCAGUCCGACUCUCCCACACAGAUCACAGCCAGUGAACACAGUCACGCUGUCCUCAUACAGACGGCUCUCCACCACAUGCCUAACCCUGGGUCAGAGUACAUGUUGAGGAAUGUGGCAGCCAGGCUUGGGGCUUUUCUGAAGGAAGAGGCUGUGGGUACCAAGCCAGACCUGACCACUAUCAAAGCCCUGCAGAAGAUUGCCUGGGCAGCGUCCAGUGGCUGUGUCCAGCUGGUCAGUGCAACCAGUGAGGACAUACAUAAGGCUCAUGAGAAGGCUGACAGUAGUAAGCAGGACCCUGAAGAUAUCAGUGUGUGUAAGGAGUCUCUGGAGUGUCUGACCAUCUCCCUGGCUCUGUGUCCCUCUGCCCUGGAGACCCUCAGUAAGGACAAGGCAUGGCAGUGCUUUAUAGUGGACCUACUACUACUCAGCAAGAGCAGGUCUGUACGUGCUGCCUCCUGUGAGCAGUUAUACCUGAUAGCCUCCAAGUGCAGCAGUGGACACAGACCCUUGGUCUUUUUUGUCACCCUGCUGUUCACAGUUUUACAGAGUCAUGCUAAGGACUAUGCCAAACAAGCGCAUGAUUAUUUCCAGCUUCUUUGUAGGUUGCUGAAUUAUGCUUACACCCAGGCCCAAGCUCCACUGCCAAAUGCUGAGGUGUUGUUGAAUAAUGAGAUCCAGUGGCUGAAGAGAGUUAGGGAUGAGGUGUUAAAAACAGGGGAGGUCCCAGUGGAAGAGGCUCUCCUUGAAGGUCAUCUGGGGGUCACCAAGGAACUGAUUGCCUUUCAGCCUGUAGAGAAGAAAUAUAAUAUAGGAGCUGAAAAGGGAGGGGCUAAUCUCAUCAAGGAAAUAGUAGAAGACUUCAUUUUCCCUGCCUCCAAGAUAGUACUCCAGGUGAGAAAGUUGAAUGGGGAGCUUCCCUCAGAACAAGCCAUUCCUGUGUGCUCUACCCCCCAGACUGUGAUUGCCGCCUUUGACCUGCUGGUCGCGCUGUGUACGGGCUGCGUGCAAAACCUGCAAAUGCUUGCAGAAAUGCUCACGGACAUGUAUUACUCAGGCCAUGAACCAGCCCUGACAGAGUGGGAGUACCUGCCUCCAGUAGGGCCACGGCCAUACAAAGGUUUUGUAGGCUUGAAGAAUGCUGGAGCCACAUGUUAUAUGAACUCUGUACUACAACAGUUAUUUAUGAUUGACCCAAUUAGACGAGGCAUUCUGGCUGUAGAGGGCGCUGUGGAGGAGUUAGAGGAAGAGGAGACGGAGGAGAAGCAUGACAAUGAGGUCACAUACUACAAUCAGAGUAACCAAGAAAGCAAUGAGGAGGAGAGGAAGGAUGAGGAGAAGUCCCCAUCUAACAAGGAAGAUGACCGUAAGAGCUACCACCUGGGUGUGUGUAGACAGGUCCAGAUGAUCUUUGGUCAUCUAGCCUGCAGCAAACUACAAUAUUAUGUGCCCAGAGGGUUCUGGAAACAUUUCAAGCUGUGGGGAGAACCAGUUAACCUACGAGAGCAGCACGAUGCAUUAGAAUUUUUCAACAGUUUGGUAGACAGUCUAGAUGAAGCUCUGAAGACAGAGGGACACCCUCCCAUACUGUCCAAGGUGCUGGGAGGCUCCUUUGCUGACCAGAAGAUCUGCAAAGAUUGUCCACAUAGGUAUUCUCGUGAAGAGUCGUUCACCACACUCAACGUAGACAUUCGCAACCACACCAACUUACUAGAGUCCCUGGAGCAGUAUGUGAAGGGGGACCUGCUGGAGGGUGCCAAUGCCUACCACUGUGAAAAGUGUAAUAAAAAGGUUGACACUGUCAAGAGGCUGUGCAUUAAAAAACUACCCAGUAUAUUAGCUAUCCAGCUCAAACGGUUUGACUAUGACUGGGAGAGGGAAUGUGCAAUCAAGUUUAACGAUUACUUUGAGUUCCCAAGGGAGUUUGACAUGGAUCCCUUCACAGUACUAGGGCUGGCAAAAAUAGAAGGUGAAAUGAUAGAGGAGGACAUCACAGACCUGACCAAGACACAGUGUACAAAGUACAGACUGAUUGGGGUGGUGGUCCACAGUGGACAGGCCAGUGGUGGUCACUAUUACUCAUAUAUAUUACACAGGGCUGGCUCAGAGCAGGCUAAAUGGUACAAGUUUGAUGAUGGAGAGGUGACAGAGUGCAAGAUGGAGGAUGAUGAGGAAAUGAAGAACCAGUGUUUUGGUGGGGAAUAUCUGGGUGAAGUGUUUGACCACAUGUUGAAGAGAAUGUCAUAUAGGAGACAGAAGAGAUGGUGGAAUGCCUACAUAUUGAUAUAUGAGAGGAUGGACAUAUCAUAUACCUCCCACACUGACUUUGACAUGAGCAAGAGCAUGCAGGAUUUAACCAUAGAAAACAAGACCAACCAAGUGACCAUGCCUACUGCAAUAGAGCGGUGUGUAAGGAAACAGAAUAUCCAGUUCAUGCACAACAAGAACCAGUUCUGUGUAGAGUAUUUCCAGUUCAUGAAGAAACUGCUCACCUGUAACCACCUGUACCUAGCCCUGCCACCAGGGAUGGAGAAACUGUCUCCAGAAGCAGAAGAGUUAGCCAUGAUAAGCAUCCAGGUAGCCUCCAAGUUCCUGUUCAGUGUGGGCCUGCACACUAAGAAAACACUGAGGGGUCCAGCCACAGAGUGGUAUGAUGCACUCAGUAUACAUCUCCGCCAUAGCAAGAAUGUGCGCAGCUGGUUUGCCCACAAUGUACUCUUUGCACACCCGUCAAGAUUUGCUGAAUAUCUCCUAGAAUGCCCUAGCUCAGAGGUUCGUAAUGCAUUUGUGAAGAUUUUAGUGUUUGUGUCCCACUUCUCUCUACAAGAUGGCUCCACUCCACCUCCACUCAUACAGGGACUGUACGCUGCUGGCCAGCCUGCUGACCCCGGGUCAACCUUGAGUGACCACAUUCUGGUGGCCGUUCUGAACCUACUGAAGAAGGAAGUCUCUGAACACGGCAGGCAUCUCACACAAUAUUUCCAUCUGUUCUUGAUGUAUGCCAGUCUAGGAGUUCAGGAGAAACACCAACUGUUGAAGCUGAACGUUCCAGCCACAUUCAUCCAGGUGGCGCUAGAUGAGGGCCCAGGUCCGCCUAUCAAGUACCAGUAUGCAGAACUGGGCAAACUGUACGCCGUUGUCUCACAACUGGUCCGCUGCUGUGAUGUGUCAAGCAAGAGUCAGUCUUCAAAUAGUGAUCAGCAGCCUAUGCCCAAUCCUCAUGGCGACCCCUCUCCUCUCAUGCCUGUACAGCCAUUAGUUUCAGACCUACUGUUUGGUAGAACUAGUUAUGUCAAAAAAUUAAUAGAAGACUGCAACAGUUCUGAAGAAACAACAAAACUAUUGAGGUUCUGCUGCUGGGAGAACCCUCACUUCUCCUCCACUGUACUCAGUGAGUUGCUGUGGCAGGUGGCCUAUGCGUACACCUAUGAACUGAGGCCGUAUCUAGACCUGUUACUACAGAUGUUGUUACUAGAAGACUCCUGGCAGAAUCACAGGAUACACAAUGCACUCAAAGGAAUUCCAGAUGACAGAGAUGGCUUAUUUGACACAAUACAACGCUCAAAGAAUCACUACCAAAAGAGGGCAUAUCAGUGCAUUAAGAUGAUGGUGUCUCUAUUUAUUAAUUGUCCAGCAGCAGUGACCAUGCUCCAGAACAAUGGAGAAAUCAAGAGGAAGUGGUCGUGGGCCGUGGAGUGGUUGAAUGACGAGCUGGAGAGGAGGCCAUAUGCUGGCAACACCCAGUACACAUACAACAAUUGGUCGCCACCAGCACAGUCCAAUGAGACAUCUAAUGGGUAUUUCCUAGAGCGUUCUCACAGUGCCAGGGUAACACUUGCCAAAGCCUUCGAGUUAUGUCCAGAAGAGGAGGGUGAAGAAGCUGAGAAAGACGGAUCUCAGUCACAGCGCUCUGAUGACACUUCCUUGAAUCCUGGCCAUUCUAAGGAAGCGGAGGAGUCUGACCUGGGAGACGACAGGGACAGAGAGAGCCCUCCACAGGACAACCUCCCCUCCACCUCGCAGUCCUCCUCCACACAGGGCAAGUCUCAAAAACCAGACCCCGGUCAGUCCUCAGACACUUUCUCCACCAGCACCACCAGCAGCACGAGCCAGGUCCCCAACAAUCAGAGUGGGAGCCCCAGCGGUCAGCAGGCACCGGUCAUUAACAAUCAGUUAAACAAUCAGUUACAUCAGGAGAAAGUGACCACCACGGAGAAGUCACAAGAGCAUUCGGAGGAGGAGGAGACAGUCAAGGAAUGAGGAUUGGUUUGGGUAUUGGUUUGAGGAUUAGUUUAGGAUUGAGGACUGCUUUGGGUUUGAGGAUUGGUUUCAUAAUGAGGAUGAGUGACAGAGAGGAUUGCAUCAGAAAUGAGGAUUGUUCAAGAAGGGGUAUUGGUUGUGGAAGGAAAAUUGAUUCAAAGUUUACAAUUGUUCUGGAAUCAGGAUUGGUUGGGAGAGAUCAGGGAUUGCUGCUAAUGAUGAAAGUUUGGGAGAAAAAAUGGGACUGCUCUACAGUGUAGGAGAAGUCAGGAAAUGAUGGGUUAUCUUCUGAAGGACAGAGGAUUGUUUUAAAUGUGAAAAAGUGAACCCUCAAGGAUAAGAUGUGAAAGGGAUGCUGAAGAAGUACAGUAUCUUUGGCAACAGAAAUGUGAUCAAUAAUUUGAGAAUUUCUGCAAGUACACUGUAAAUUUUUUAAGUUUGAGAAGAAAAAAGUUACUUGAUUGUUACAAAAGGAAGAGACUUUUGGUGUAUUGGAGAUGAUAUUGGAUUAUAUUAGUGGGCAUAUGUUACUGCAGUGCAAUAGGUGAGCCAACACCACAAUCACACCUACUACAUUCUCUGGCACACUGCGCCUGCCUUACUGUAGUGUUACAGAAAUGAACUUUAUACCUCUAUGAUGGUGUUCUGUGAAACAGAACAAAUAAACUGCCGCUCUGUUAUAAGAGAAUAUAAUAAUAUCCACUCUUAAGAAGGGUUAAGAAGGACACAAGGACUUUUCAGUGAAUUAAACCCCAGUGGUGGUAAACUUGUGUGGUAGGAGUGGUAGUCCGCUAGGAACUGCAGUUCGUUUUCCAUUAUUUUGUACAGGGGAUAUUCAUUUCAAAUAUGAAGCCCGGUGCUUAAAGCUAAACUUAUCCUUCACUAAUUGUAUGGGAUCCAGGACUCCCAUUCCCAGGGCUGUCAUUCCUGUCACACAGAGUUGGGGCAUCGGAUUGAAAAAAGUUUAUAUACAAAUAUUGAGGGCAACUUGCAGUUCAGGUUGAAAAUAAGAGUUGAACAGGAGUUAAGUACAGUAAGGUUGAAUGAGAUCGGUGUAUUUAUCAUUUGACAGAACAUCGCCUGUCGCUGCGAACAGAGCAUGGUAGGCGCUUGAUAAUAAUCCAGUGCAUGUCCACAAUUAGAUAUUUAUUAAUUAACUUGCUGUGAAAAACGAGCAAGUGCUUGCUGACGUGGCAGUUCUCUGGGAUAGAGAGGUGUAGAUUUUAGCAUACUAUAGAAUAUUUGUGACUGUUGCUUUUAAAAGCUGUUCCAUUGUUGCUCACGUCUUGCUGGAGCUGUUAGUGUUGAUUAUGUUUAGUAAGCAUGACCGGGAAAUGGAGAUAUUACAUAAUUGAGUGUUAUGUAUACCUACAAGUGUCAUGGUCCAUUUUUCAAUUAUUGUGCAGAAAUGGACUUUUUUUCUUGUUUAUUUUCUUUUUAUUGUGCUGGCUGGUAACAUGUGCCAGUGUCUAACUUAUUCAGAGAAUAUCUAGCUCUGUGACUGUUUUGAUAGUAUUGAAUUAUCGACGUGAACAAUAGGUGUUUGUGCUCCUUGAGCCAAGGGCUUGCGAGUAGUUUUACAGUACGAAGGGGAACAACUGUGUUCGUGGCAGAGUUUUUUCACACCCGAAUGUGUUAGUUGCAAUCCUACAGUCACAUCUAACGCAAUGUCGGCCUUUGCGUUUAUCCAAGAAUAUCGGCUAUUUUCAUUCAUAACUGUAAAUAUAUCAAAGCCAAUAGGAGACACUUAUAUUUCAUUAUUUAAUAUGAAGAACGAUGCAUAGUAUGAUUGUACAAAGAUUGUAUAAAAAUGGCUUAGUCCUGUACUAAGAAGUGUGAUACGAAGGGAGAGAUUGUGUUACUACUGUACAGCCCCCAUAUCUUUACCAUUGCCAGGUUUUUGGCUUCAUUGUGUGAUAAAUGUAAUAGUUAGCUGUUUAUCUUAUGCCCCUCCCCCCUUGUACAAAUCCCCCCUCCCCUUUCAAAGCCAUGGGUGUCUAAAGAUGCUUUCAAAUGUUGAGAAGAGAAAGGACGUGUGAUCGUAUGAUGUAUUAUUAUAAUUAUUAAUUAUAUUAAUUAAAAUGUUGAUAUUUUCCACUGUGGCUAAUGUAUGUGUAAUUAUAAGUCAAAAUAAAAUGUUAUA